GCCAUUCUUUUGCAUGAUGCGAACGGGUCAAUCGAGACGGAGGGGUGGCAGAUACGCGCGACGACUAUAGAUCGUAUGAUUGACACACGACAAGCGAUAGGUCGUUCGUAUUGGUCGAUUGACAGUCGGCGAACGGAACCGCGGGACGACGACGGUGCGCGAUGCCAGGACCGCGGCUGCAUGACGAAGCGCCUCGAUAAACUUUUCAUCGUCGCCGGGCUACACGAGCUGAAUGACGAUCAACGGAUAGAGCCCGGCCACAAAGCGAGCCAUUGUACGCGCCACUUUACCAUAAUCAUCCCGAAGCGUACGAAGAGGGUGAAAAGAAAAAGAGGGAGGCGACUCGUUUCGCGUGAGGGCAAAUUUAUUUCACCGGAAACGCCUUCCUACUCCUCGCGACGAAACGAACUCUCCGGGCAGCGAGUUCGCCUUUCGGAGCACGCAACGACUCACCGCGGAGCCGAGAAAGGCAGAUUUUACACGAACGGCGAUCCGAGAAGCGGCUGGUCCGGUGUCAGCCGGACGAUAUUCAAUCGAUGCGAGGCGAGACGGAAGAGGAAGAGAAGAAGGAAGGGUGAAAAGAUGGGCGCAGCCUCCUCCACGGUGGCUAUCCGGGGUCUCUCCUCUCGGCAGGUUUACGACGAGCCAACGCAAACACGACACUUGGCCGCUAACUGGCCACCUAGCUACCGGUGACUAGCCUCUUCCUACCCGCCUGUUCCCGGUCCCUCGGAAUCUAACCGCGUUCACCGUACCGACUGCCUAUACCCACGCUCCGACAACGGUGUCCACGAAUAACGCGAAUAUCUAUUCUU